CCCCGCGGACGCGGAUCGCUGUGGCCGCGCUGAGGAUAGAAGGCAGGCGGCGAGAUGAGCAGGGCGCCAGCGUUCCUGAGCGCGGCCGAGGUGCAAGAGCACCUCCGCAGCUCCAGCCUCCUCAUCCCGCCUCUGGAGGCGGCUCUGGCCAACUUCUCCAGCGGCCCCGAUGGAGGGGUCAUGCAGCCGGUGCGCACCGUGGUGCCGGUGGCCAAGCACAGGGGUUUCCUGGGGGUCAUGCCGGCCUACAGUGCAGCAGAGGACGCCCUGACCACCAAGUUGGUCACCUUCUACGAGGGCCACAGCACCACCUCCACGGUCCCCUCCCAUCAGGCCACUGUGCUACUCUUUGAGCCCAGCAAUGGCUCCCUUCUGGCGGUCAUGGAUGGGAAUGUCAUAACUGCAAAGAGAACAGCUGCAGUAUCUGCCAUUGCCACCAAGUUUUUGAAACCGCCCAACAGUCAAGUGUUAUGCAUCCUUGGGGCUGGGGUCCAGGCCUACAGCCAUUAUGAGGUCUUCACAGAGCAGUUCUCCUUUAAGGAGGUGAGGAUAUGGAACCGCACCAAGGAAAAUGCGGAGAAGUUUGCGGACACAGUGCAAGGAGAGGUCCAGGUGUGUUCAUCGGUCCAGGAAGCUGUGACAGGUGCAGAUGUGAUCAUCACAGUCACCAUGGCGACAGAGCCCAUUUUAUUUGGUGAAUGGGUGAAGCCAGGGGCUCACAUCAAUGUAAGAAGACUGGAUUCUGCCAUCGGAGCGAGCAGACCUGACUGGAGAGAGCUGGAUGACGGGCUCAUGAAACAAGCUGUGCUGUAUGUGGAUUCGCAGGAGGCUGCCCUGAAAGAGUCUGGAGAUGUUCUCUUGUCAGGGGCCGAGAUCUUUGCUGAGCUGGGAGAAGUAGUGAAGGGAGUGAAGCAAGCCCACUGUGAGGAGACCACGGUGUUCAAGUCUUUGGGAAUGGCAGUGGAAGACUUGGUUGCGGCCAAGCUAGUGUACGAUUCCUGGUCAUCUGGUAAAUAAAAUGAAGGAACUUUGCAUUGAAGUGGAUGCUACAGCUCAAGGGAUGUUGCCACCAAGUGUCUCAUAAGUUCCAGAUCAAAGGAGGAAGCCCAGUGCCCAGUGAGCUAUAGUUUUGUGCUUAUCAUGUCUUACCUUAAAUAAUGAGAUCCCCACUUGUGUUUGUAGUUGGAAAGCAAAACUAGGUAGCCAUUCUUCUGUAACACCAGACUAUGCUAGCUCUCUUUCCCCCCUGUAUUUCACUACUUUUGUAAUUCCUUGAAAUAAAGCAUUUGCCAAUUCUGCA